UUGGAAUUUCACACGAAACUCAGAGACUCCUCUCCCCCAUCUCGCCACCACACCCUCUCUCUCUCCGCUCUGCCUCCAACUAUUUCGCUCAGUUUCGCUUCCCGCUCUCUCUCUCUCUAGAAGCGGAAACCCUAGCAAUCUACGAUCACCACAGGUUUGAGAUCUCCGUCUUGGGCUUCCGCAGUUUGGCUGGUAGUUUUAUGUGAAUGGGACUUUCCCGAACCUUUUGUUCAGGAUAAUCCAGAUUGUUGUUUCUCAUUCUUUACAGGAUCUAUUUUCUCCUGAUCAUCUUGAUAAUACUUACUGAAUGGGUGAAGAUUUGGAUGACUAGAGAGUGGGCAGGCAGGGGUGGAUUUCAUUUGCUUUGUCUUGGUGUAUAUCCUGUAUGUGAAAGAACUUAAGUGGAUUUUAAUUCUAAAUCAGCCAUGGAGUGCAACAAAGAGGAGGCGUUCAAAGCAAUGCAACUAUCAGAAGUAAAGAUGCGAAACAGUGAUUUUACAGGAGCAAGGAAGAUGGCACAAAAGGCACAAAAACUCUUUCCGGGAAUUGAGAACAUUGAGAAAUUACUUACAGUCUGUGAAGUUCACUGUUCAUCGGAGAACAAAAUAGGAUUUGAAAUGGACUGGUAUGGAAUUCUUCAGAUUCAGAAAUCUGAUGAUGAUGUAACCAUCAAGAAACAGUACAGGAAGCUGGCGUUGUUACUUCAUCCUGAUAAGAAUAAGUUUGCUGGUGCAGAGGCUGCUUUUAAGUUGAUUGGGGAAGCCAACAGGGUGCUAACAGACCAAGCAAAGCGCUCUACGUAUGACAUGAAGUGUAGAGCUCAAGUGAAAACUGGUUCUUCAAUACCAUCAGCUCACCCGUCAAAUGGAAACUUAUUUGUCAGGAAACAAAAUGAUACUCCUCAGUCACAGUUCCCACCGGACACAUUCUGGACAUGUUGUCCUUUUUGUAAGAUAAAAUACCAAUACUUCAAAGAUUUUGCAAAUCGAUUGCUGCGCUGUCAAAAAUGCAGAAGAGCCUUUGUUGCUCAAGAUUUGGGUAUUCAAUCUCAGGAUGCUCAUCCAGAAUCUGUUGGGAAUCAAUUUCCAAAUCGAAAAGAACCUCCAAAUCAGGGUACUUCAAAUGCAGCCCCACAAAGUAAUGGUGGUACUGGAAAGCCAUCCUCCACACAAUUUCAUUAUGGAAAGGCAACCUCAAAUCCGCCAUCAAAGGCGGGAAUUGCCACUGAUGUUAAAAUAUCCCAGUCUGGUCCUGUGAAGUCUCCUGUGAAAUCCAAGGAUUCAAAAACUUCAGGAAAUAUGAACAAAAAAAGAGGAAGGGAAUCCAGUGAAAGUUGUAAACCUUCUGAACUCAAUGAAGUCCAUCACCAUAGGAGAUCAUCGAGGAUCAAACAGAAUCUUUCUUACAAUGAAAAUCUAAAUGAUGAUGAUGAUUUUGUGAGUCCGCCCAAAAGGUCGACGGAUAGUCAAUUUUCCAGUGAUACUGAAAUGGAGAGGAAGAAUGCAGCUGCGGAUGGUGGGGUAUCUAAAAAUAAUAGUCAACCAGGUUGUGCUACUACUGCUGCAGUGGGUGGACAUAAGAAAGAGGCAAAACAAAAGGUGACUCACCCUCUAGAAGAAUGUUUGCCCAGCAAAAGAAGCAAAACUGCUGAAUUCGAGCAAAAGGUGGAGGAAGCAGCUAUGCCAGAUAAAAAUGACGAUAAGUCCAAAGCUGGUAAUGGUUCUGGACCAAAUUCAAAUGUCACAUCCAUACCAGCAGGCGUUCUGGUUCCUGAUCCUGAAUUCAAUAAGUUCAUGCUUGAUGUGGAUACGUUAGAGAAUGUGUUUAGUGCUAAUCAAACGUGGGCUCUUUACGAUCCACUAGAUGGACUGCCCAGAUUCUAUGCUCGUAUCAAGAAAGUAUUCUCCCCCAGAUUUAAGCUGAGAUUCACCUGGUUGGAGCCCAGUCCAGAUGACCAACGUGAGGUUGCUUGGUGUAACAAGGAGUUGCCUGUUGCUUGUGGCAAGUACACGCUUGGUGCCACUGAAGAAGUUACAGAUCAUCUUAUGUUUUCUCAUCAGAUGCACUGCAUAAAAGGCAGUGGCAGAAGCUCUUUUUUCGUAUAUCCUAAGAAGGGAGAAACCUGGGCCAUCUACCAGAAUUGGGAUAUUGGGUGGAGUUCGGAGCCUGAAAAACAUGUACCGUACAAGUUUGAUUUUGUGGAAGUAUUGUCGGAUUUUGUCGAAAAUUAUGGCGUUGGAGUUGCUUAUCUCGGCAAAGUAAAAGGUUUUGUCAGUCUAUUUCAGCGAAGGGAGCAGCAUGGGGUUGUCAUGUUUCAAGUACCACCGAAUGAGCUGUAUAGAUUUUCUCAUCGAAUUCCCUCUUUCAAGAUGACAGGUACUGAGAGAGAGGGUGUUCCAGAAGGAUCCUUUGAGUUUGAUCCUGCUGCUUUGCCCACCAAUUUUGAUGACCUCAUUGCUUCGAAGACGGACAACAGAACCAUGAAUACUGAAGCUAAUGGUUCGUCAUGUGACAUAAGCAAAAGCAAAACCAAACCUGUAAUGAGUUCUGGGAAAGUGUGCGCCGCUGAAAAACAGGAGAAGAACUAUUCAGAAAGAGAGACUUCAACACGUAGAUCUCCACGAAUGUCGAAUGGCGAGUUUGCGAAUUCUGUUAAGCUAGAAGCAACUCAAGGUAUUACUGAAGACAAUGGCACAAACCAGGGUAACCAAACUCAACCCAGGGUAAGUUCUACUCCGCGGAAGGCUGAUGAGAGUAUCAACACACCAAAGAAGCAUCAGAAAAAUGAUUCCGAUGGUAAGUCUUUCAGCCUUAGAAGAUCACCAAGGGAUGUAAGCAAGAACAUUCCGAGACCAAAUGUAUAUGUGAAGUGCCCAGAUUCCGCCAACGAUACAAGCCAUGCCAGCUUCACUCCGACUAAAGUCAACUCUACUUCUAGUCAGGCACAUUCAAGUGUGAAGGAUCAUCCUUCUGUCAAUUCCAUGAAAAUCCCCGUCGCCCCUUCAUCUUCAUCUCCUCUCCAUAUUUUAUCCCGAUCUCAGUUCUAUGACUUUGAUGGGCAAAGGUCCGAGGACAAAUUUCGGCUUGAUCAAAUCUGGGCGCUGUAUAGUGAUAAGAACGGGAUGCCUAGGACUUACGCACAAGUUAAGAGGAUUGUGUUGAAGCCAAAUUUUCAACUCCAUGUAGCGUUGCUCGAACCUUGCUUACCAGAAGAUGCGAGUGAACCGGUUUGUUGUGGGACAUUUAAAGUGAAGAGUGGUCAAACCAAGGUCAUCUCCCGCUCGUCGUUCUCUCAUUGUGUGAAAGCCAAACCUAUUGGGAAGAUGAUGUUUGAAAUAUACCCCAGGAAAGGUGAAGUUUGGGCAUUAUACAAGAACUCAGGGAAGGGUGAAUGCGAAAUGGUACAAGUCCUGGAAGAUAACGACGAAAGCACAAAGGUUGCGGUUCUGCCGCACGUUAACGGAUCCAAGUCGUUGUUUAGGGCCCCAAGAAUCCACAGAUCGAAGAAUGGCAUCAUCGACAUACCAAGGGCUGAGUUAGGUAGAUUCUCUCACCAAGCUCCGGCUUUUCUUCAUACCGGGGAGAUUGACAUCCAGCUUGCAAGCUGCUGGGAGGUUGAUCAGGUAUCAAUUCCUGGUACUAUUACGAUCGUUUUGAGUUGAAUUUAGCAAUGUGGUAAAUUGUGGCAUCCUUUCUAUGCUAUCGAUGUAUCGAUAACUCUUUCGGCGAUGCUGCAUGUGAAGAAUGGAAUGAACUUCAAAGUUAUUCUCUC